AUGGCGUCGCCGUUGUCUCUUCGCUCCCUCCUUCAUGCGAAGCACACCAACUCUCCCUCCAUUCCAGUUAAUGCGUACCGGUUUUCUGCAGGCUCGUGCUACGCAGUGCCGCACCGUAAGCUCCGUUCCAGUACUGCCGCUGCCACUCUGUGCUUCUGGAGCUCUUCUUUAAGCUACGCCAGUCUAAGGGCCGGCGCUCCCCAGCUCUGCGGGAAGCCGAUUGCUGUGAAGCGGUUGCCGCCCAAGAGAGAUGGAUUCGUGAGGUGUGCGACCAUGGAAGAAAUUGAAGCUGAGAAAUCAUCUAUUGAACAAGAUGCUAAAGUAAGGAUGGAAAAGACUAUCGAGACACUUCGAACCAAUUUCAAUUCCGUAAGGACGGGCAGAGCAAACCCUUCCAUGCUAGAUAAGAUCCAGGUGGAAUAUUAUGGAAGUCCAGUAUCCCUGAAAAGCAUAGCUCAAAUCAGUACCCCUGAUGCUAGCUCUAUUCUGGUUCAGCCAUACGACAAGUCCAGCUUGAAGGCUGUAGAGAAGGCCAUUGUGAAUUCUGAUCUUGGUUUGACGCCAAACAAUGAUGGAGAAGUUAUCCGACUCUCUGUCCCUCAGUUGACAUCUGACAGAAGGAAGGAGCUGUCCAAAGUUGUAGCUAAAAUGGCUGAGGAGGGGAAGGUAGCUUUGAGAAAUAUCAGACGAGAUAUACUGAAAGCUUAUGAAAAGCUGGAGAAGGAGAAAAAGCUGUCAGAAGAUAAUGUGAAGGACUUGUCAAGUGAUGUACAGAAGCUGAUAGAUGAUUACACAAAGAAGGUAGAUACCCUCUUCAAACAGAAAGAGAAGGAGCUGCUGAAGGUAUGA